AUGAGCACAGACGGGGAGCCACAAGCGGAUACCGCGUUUAUCGACAAAGAUGGUGUCCUCGACAGUGACGACAACGGCGCGAGCAUUAACGGCAACCGCAGACGGUCCAGCAGCACCAGCAACAACAACAACCACGCGCCGAUGAUCAGCAUCGACCCCGGAGUAGAGUCGGGUCUGCUCCUGCGGGUCCCGGACCUUCCGUUCCCUCGGGUUGCCUCGUCGGCCGAGUCUCUCAGUACGGCCCCCAACCAGUUCCUCAAGCUACCGGUCUCCGGCGAGCACCGGCGGCACUCGAUGCAGGACUGCAGCAACCACCACGGCCACCACCACCGACACCGGCACCGUGACCGCAAGCGCUCGUGCCCCGAUGUGCGGGGUGCGGCCUCGGCGGACCGGCGUCGCCGGGGCAGCCGCAGCCCGCUGGCACCCCACGGCCUGGCGGUGGCGGGUGGAGCGGAGUCGACGAGCGUGACCCCUUCGUCGUCGCGUCGCUCUAGCGCCAGCAGCCUGAGCCGCCGCUCGUCUCGGGACAGCGAGAGCUGCCCGCACAGCCGUCGCUCGUCCCGGGCGGACGACGGAAGCCGAAGGUCCUCCAAGUGCGACGACAGUCGUCGCUCGUCGCGCGCCACCGACGACACAGCCGGAGGCGGGCACAGCAGUCGACGCUCGUCACGAAGCGUCGGCGACGACGAGCGGCGUUACUCGGACGACAGGCACCACCACCACCACCGGUCGCACCACCCGCACCGGCGGGAGUCGUCCCUGGUCGGAACGGAAGCGGGUCACAGAAAGGGCAGCUCUCUGCUUCCGCCAGACGCAGACAACGGCAGCCGCAGGGCAUCGAAGGUCCCGGCACUUUUGGUCACCGACGAGGAGACCGGCCAGCAGCGCAAGCCGGACGACGAGCUGGACUCGCCCAAGCGUCGGGUUAUCAUACUGGUUAUCAGUUCUGUGGCGUGCUUCAUUCUGCUCAUGAGUGUUGUGCUCAUCGCCGUCACCCUCACCAUCUCGCCGGCCAUCGACAGCAUAGGCUCUGUAUAG